AGACUCUAGUUGGCUUCGGUGUAGCAGUAGUUCAAUGUGAAAGCGCUCCCUGGGUGCUUCACUGGUAGAAAACUUCAGGAGGCAGUACAAACAGGAAGUUGGUCUAUACUGCCCCCCUUCCAGGGCCCUCCUCCUUACGCUCUAUGGGAUGAAACUUCCUGUAAGGGUUUCCAUCUUGUAGUUGGUGUUUGAAGCCUGCUAUCAUCUUUCUCAGCAGCUCUCGUCAUUUUUUUCAGUUCUAGACCACACAGAAGGACACAAAAAGACAUCCGUGACAAGGGACUUGAGGACCUACCAUGGGGCACAGUUCCUAAACUAACCCCAUUUGAAGAAGAAUGAGAUGCCGGCGUAUUUUCCGACAGAGAUUUUUCAACUCGACUAAGCACAGCGAUACCAUGCGUACUUCACUUCAGCAGCAGCAAGAUGGAGAGCCAGCAAUGAGUAAUUCUCCCAUGCAUACUCAAAGAAGAUACACUCCAUAUGGCAUCCCGGCCCGUCAUCAGAAACUUAAUUUACAUAAACGCAACCAAAUUCGUAUUAACAUGGAAGGGGGGCCAAACCUUCCAGAGCAAAAAAUGGAGAGGGACAAACACGAUGAUACUUCAGGAGACUGGUUCAAGGUCACAAUUCCCUUUGGCAUAAAAUAUGAUAAGAAGUGGCUGCUGAAUUUGAUUCAUAGCCAUUGCAGCAUCCCUUUCACUCCGGUGCAGUUUCACUACGAAAAGAUGCAGGCCCAUUUUUUUGUUGAUAAUCCCAGCAUUGCCUUUAUGCUGAAGGCUAUCAGUAACAAGAUUCGAGAUGAGACUGAUAAUAAGAUAUCAAUCUUCAUCAGCCCCUGUGAUGAACCCAACUUAGUGACAGAGCUUAAGUCAGAAAAGAUGGAUCCAAAAAAGCUGACUAUGAACCAGCAGUGCGGUACUUCUCAGCGAGUUCUUAAUAGGCAGAGACUUCCCUUUGACCAAGAUUUGAUGACCCAUCCUACUGACUUGACACUGAUUCCUAGAAGUUAUAUGGCUCCUUCCUUGAAUAUCCAUGAAGAGGACAUGACCCAGAUGAACUCUGAAGGGCAGAUGGCCAAGGAGCAAGCCCCAGAUCCAGAAAAGAUAUGUGCAGACAAAAGCUCUCUGAGUGCUACCGUGCCGGAUAAGUCCAGUAACAUAAAUUCAAUUCUGGAAAUGUUCCCCAAGUUACUAAGCCUGGAUGGACAGGAAUCACAAAAUCCAACUGUCUGUGGCCAUGAAGAUCAGAAGACCUUACCAAUUUGGAAGGGAAGUUUUUUUGGAUCGGAGUCCAUAAAGACAAUGGUCCUACAGUUCCUGCAGCAGUAUUACUUCAUCUAUGACAAUGGAGAUCGGCAGGGACUCCUCAAUGCUUACCAUGCUGAGGCUUGCUUCUCUUUAACUAUCCCUUUCAGUUCCAUCGACUUAUCCACGAGCAGCUUGUGCGAGUACUUCAAGUAUAGCAGAAAUAUGAAGAUUCUCAAGGAUCCUUAUAAGCGGAGGCAGCUGCUGAGGCACAGGAAAUGUGACAUUAUUCACUUCCUUCGUGCAUUGCCCAAAACUCAACACGACCUCACCUCCUUCGUGGUGGACAUAUGUUUUCAGACAGAAACAACACUGUGCUUCUCUGUUAGUGGGUUGUUCAAGGAAGUGGAGGAGAGCUCUCCAGGGUGUGUUCAUGCCUUCACUCGGAUCUUCGUUGCUAUCUGUGGCAACAGUUCAGAUUUCAGGGAAUGUCUUCCCUCCAGCCUUUGUAUCAUCAAUGACAAGCUGUCUUUGAGCAAUGUCCAUGGGUCUCCCAGUGCCUUCACCCCUGUGGCCACAUCUUCCUCCUGCUACUUGCCUUCCUUUUCUCAAGAUCAACAGGACAUGGUGCCAACAUUCUGUGCCCAGUCUGGGGCGAAUGUUGAGAGGUCACAAAAAUGCCUUCAUGAUGACCAAUGGAAUUACAACAGAGCUAUACAAAGCCUUGCUUUACUCGAGGUAAAGGACCCGAUUCCAGAGGAUAAGUCCACCCAGACAGGUCCAAGAUCCUAAGACUAGCACACCAAGAAGAAAUUCCUGAGUGUCACUAUUAUGUUUAAUAUUAUUUCUUCAAACCUCUGCUGAAAUUUUGACUAAUACAGUAAUUUCCAUGUAAACAAACUGCAAUAUCUAGUUUCAUCCUGGAAGCCAAAGCCUAUCUUGUAGAGCAGACUCUCAUUGGUUUGUGUAUUUGCUACAUAGUUGAGGAUCCAUGCAUUUUAUUUUGCAUUGUGAUCCGCCCAGCAUAAACAGGACCAUCUAUGUGACCAUGUGUUUGGAAGUAUCCAUUGAGGUAUCUGUGGGUACAUAGUUAAAGACAGUGACUGUUUUUUCCCUAGAAUCCUUUAGUAGACAAUAGUUUAGAAGAGAGGGAUAGAACCUUCACUCUGUGGUUGACUAAUGAGAGGCCUAGUCUUGUGCAGGCCCAAUGGAGGCAAUCUCAGUUGUUGUAAGAUUGUGAUAAUAGUAUCGGAAGAUACUAUUUGUGUUGCUGGUUAUCUUAAAUCCCUUCACAAUCCACUGGAGAAUGAGGACCUCCAAGAUAGGACUGCUGAAGUCCUAGACUCAACCAUAGGGUGCAGUUCUGCUCCUGUAGACUAUAUACUUUCAUAGGUUGAGCAUCCUCUCUGUUAAAACUGAGUGCUAUGUGCCUAAAAUAUUAAUCAAGUAUUUCAUGCAGAUAAUAUUCUUUUACUAGCCAUACACAUUUAUUCACGAUUAAAACAGCAUAAUUGAUAGGACAUAUUAUUAAAGGAUACAUAAAAGCCUGUAAAGAAAAACAAUCCCUAUACAUGUGAUUGUCUUACUAUAACAAUCCUUGGUAUGAAAAAAAUUAGAGUAAGGAAACUGUAAUUGACUUUGUGCUUAUAUUGAAAGCAAUAAUAUCCAGGAAACUUAUGAAAAUAUGUUCAACAACUAAAAGUACAAAAGUUGCCACAAACACUGAGAUAAUUUAGAAAAGGAAAAUAAAGAUUACUUU